AUGUCUUCCGAAUUACAAAGACUAAGUCAUAUAGCACCCCUCUUUUCAAUCGUUGAGAACAAUCACCUGUUUUCAUAUUUUGCAGCACCUUUGAGUAUUCGAUAUUAUAAUUUUCAACAGGGAAGAAAUAUUCGAAUAUUAGAUUCUAUAGUUAACGCAAGACACUUCACGAUGUUACCAAUAGGUCUUAGUUACUAUGAACGACAUUUUCUUUUUUCAAAUCGAUUACUCCAAUUUUUUCUGGGAUUAAAUUCUCGUGAUCAGUUCUUCAUGCUUUGUGCGAUAAUUGGUUAUUUAUUACCACUGAUAGUGCAUCAGUUUUAUCAACUCUACACGACAGAUAAGCAACUGCAACCGACUAUUAAAGUAUUGGAGUCAUUGAUACCUGGUUUAUAUAUAAUUUAUUGUUAUAUCACCGUUUACUUUAGUUUAACAACGAUCAAAUUAUUACUUGCUCAUAUCAAAUUUGAUUACGAGUUCGUGAGAAAUGAAAUGGAACUAAACAUUAUGGAAAAGUACACAAACAAGAGUAAAUUAUAUGUGUAUGUCCUCGUGGUUCUGCUCUACCUCUAUCUUAUAUCAAUAACGUUUCCAAGUAUUUUGAGUGUUUUCUUGUACAUUUUUGGAACAUCAGGCAGUAUUCAUUUAACAUUACCUUUUUCUAUUGAUAAUGUUUUACAGGCAGGAUCGCUAUAUUAUAGUUUGCUUAUUUAUCAAAUAAUAGCAAUUUUUAUUCUAAUAACAAUAAGCAUUAUACUGUAUUCAUUGUAUUGGGUAUUAAUACAACACGCAUGUGGUCAAUUGUGUGUUAUAAUGUGUAACAUUCCAUUCUACAAUUUUUCUGUACAAACUCAAAAGCUGUUACUACUCUUAUUAAUAAGAAGCAUAAAACCAACAGAACUUUCAAUCGGUGGUAUGUUUGUAGUGUCGCACGAAGUUUUUGCCGGAAUAGUACAGAAAGCAUAUUCUUUUGCUGCGAUUUAUUAUAACACGAUAAAAACUUCAACUAUUUUGCCAUAA